CAAUGAUUAUGCUAAAAAGUUCAAAAAAAAAAUUAAAAUGUUUGAAACAAAUCGAUGGAAUCACUACAAAGAUAAUAUUAAUGAAUAAAAUGGAUGAAAGAUUGCGUUGAGUCGCAUCAUCGUGCUGGAGGAAGUAGAGGAAUGGGCCCUUGGGCCUUUGGAAUUCCAAUUGUCCUUGUUUCCGCUCUUGGUCUCCUUCUUAAUGCUUAUGUCCUGUUAGUUGUCCUUGGCCUCGGCAAGCAGAUUCAACAACAAACUUCUAAUACUCUUCUAUUAAUUCAUCUCGGAGCUGUUGAAUUUGCACUCUGUUUUGUAUUACUAGUAUUUACAACUGGUCCUUGGACAAUUCCCGGUUCUUGGUGUGCAGUACAUGGUUUUCUGCUUACUUUACUUCAUCCAGUUGCUUUGUGGACCGUCACUGGACUAAACUGUGAUAGAUAUUACGCGAUAGCAGCUCCUCUUCAUUACACAGCAGUGGUAUCACCGCGAAGAGUAAUCCUGGGAUUAGUUGGAGCGUGGAUUGGUGCAUUUAUUUUAUGUCUACCGCCAUUUUCGGGUUUAAUUGCGCCAUACAAAUACAGCCAAGAUUUUGGAUGCUGUAUUCCAGCUUUUACUAAUGAAACAUGGACUAUUGCUGGUGUUGUUUAUACAAGUGUUUAUUUAUUUGUUGGUUUAGUGUUACCGGCGAUACUUAUAACAGCUUGUAAUAUUCGGGUACUCGGAAUUGCAAGAUAUCAUCGACACCGAAUAGCAAGUGCUAUUUAUGAAGUGACAUUGAGUGCACAAGUUACAAUAACACAUCAAAGAAAUCCAUUUUUUAUACCAACUGUUACUUCACCUUCUGCUGGUGGGCCACCUAAAUUUCAUAGUGCGGCUAGUACUGUGAUGCAAUUAGUUGGAUCAGUCUAUCUACUUUAUUUCCCUUACUGCGGUAUCAUCCUAUGGGAAGCUUGCACUGCAGCGAGUCAUAGCCGUCUUCACUUACAUCCAAGAUUCGCGUCCUUGGCCUCACUUUUACUCGCUAGUUCACCGCCGAUUAACGGUUUAUUAUACGGCCUCAAGUCACGAACAAUACGACGUUCUGUCCAGAAUUAUUGGCGAAAAAAAGUGACCAAAUCGGAAUUGCAGCAGGAAAUUCAAGCAAGAACCCCAAGUGUUGCAGGUUCCCGUCGCCCAUCAGGAAGUGGACCAGUCUCUCUGUUUCCGUUUCCGCCACUUCAGCGUCGUCUGAGCGAAGCUUUACUUAAUUUAGGAACAAAUUCAAGAGCUGGUGGUGGUUUCGAAAGUGGUAAUAUUGGGGCAUUUAAUUGCAAUCGUUUACAACCCGCUGCAUCUUGUAAUACACUACGGGUACCUACAAGUGAAUCAAACGAGAGCAAUAGACUAGUAAGAACAAGUGCAAGUACAGCAAGUCUAAUGGGUUAUCGUGAUUCCACAAGUACAAUAAGAGAAUCAUCAUUAUUUCGUGAUUCUAUAGAUACAUCAAAGAGAAGUCCAAUAAUACUUAUAACACGCACACAUAGUGUAGAAAUACCAGAUGGUGGUAGUAGUCCAGUUCUCAAACGAUCUUGCAUCGCCUCAGGAAAUUUUGGUACUAUUGUAACUGACAAGAGACGCUGGCGUCAUAUUAGUACUGGAAGUGAUAGUAGUACAGGAAGCAGUGAUGCUAGUAGUAUUUGGACAACGGGAAUAGCUCAUAGAGCUGCUAAAGGAAACGUCAAAAACUCUAUUGACAAUUGGCCAAUAGCUAUUCGUCAUGUGCCAUUAGGAAUAUUAUUUAAUGGAUUACGCGCUAGUAAUAAUAGUGAAAGUAGUGAUACAACAGAUACAACUGCAACAACAACAACAUCAACAUUACCGUCCAAAAUAAUUUCAAUCGCACAAGAAACCCAAAGCAUAAAUAAUAAAAGUGAUGAAAAGCCAAAAGUUGAGCGAAAAAAUAGUGAAGAGAAAAGUGAAAGUGAGUCAAGUUGGGGUAGUAUUGAAGAAAAAGGAUCGAAUGGUAUAAAUGAAGAUGAUAAUAGUGAAAAAGAAUUUGUAGAAAAAAAUGAAGAAAAUUUUGUUGAAGAAAAAAGAGGUGAAGGAGAAAAAGUUGAAGAAAAAGAAGAAACGGAAGAUGACGAAAAUGAAGAAGAAGAAGAAGAAGAAGAAGAAGAAGAAGAAGAUGAUGAAAAUAGUGAUAGUGGUAAUGAUAAUAGUAAACAAGAAAUAGAUAAUGAAGUUGUAAAAAAAUGUAAGAAAAGGCGGAAAGAAAAAAUGCGUACGCAAAUAAUUAAUGAUGAAAAAAAAAUAAAUGAAAAUAAUGAUAAUAUUAAAUUAAGACCACUUCUUACAACUUUGUCAUCUUAAUUAUUUACUUUUAAUUAUCUUUUUGUCUACUACUUCUGUUGUCAUUAUAAUUAAUACAUAUUAUCAUUUAUAUUUGAAUAAAAGAUUAUUAAAAGCAAAUAAUAAUUAAAAUAAACCGAAGAGUAAUUAAUCAUUGACUUUGUGAAUUAAAGAAUAACA